UUGCCAGAUGGUUUUUAAAAGCAAUGUUCAAUAUUGACAUUUGCAAAUCGGCGCCACGCGUAAGAUUUUAUUUUUUAUAAAACUGCAUCAGAUAAGUUUUUAAAAGUGUCCGUGUUUUAGAGAGGCACUUGUGUAAAAUAUUACGUAACAUGGGAAAAGUGUUUUCGAGUGAAAGUGAAAGUGAACAUGACAGUCACAGUCCAGUUCAAUCGUAUGAACCACCUGCGCCUCCGCCUGCGCCUCCUUGUCCUUUUACAAGUACCCCAUGGAGAACAACACCUGCAUGGAGUGAAGACAGUGAAUCGUCACUUCGUAAACAAAUAGAAAAAAUACAUCCGAAAUGGAACAGAGAAAACGUGGAAGAAACAAACCCUGAAAAAAAACAAAAACGGAAAAAACCUACUAUCGUACUAGUUGGACCAGUCGGAGCAGGAAAGUCUUCAUUUGUUAAUGCAAUACUAUCUGUUUCUAAGGGACAUAAGGUUGAUCGUGCUUUAACUGAAAGGGGAAGCAAAAGUUGUACAACCACUUAUGACAAAUACACAGAUAAAUCCUUACUAGAUAGAUUUCGUCUGAGGGAUUGCAUGGGGUUAGAACAAAGUGAAGAAGAAGGAUUUAAUGUCGCGGACAUGGUUGCUCUUCUUGAAGGGCAUGUUAAGGAUGGUUAUACGUUUAACCCAAGAAGUCCAAUUUCACCAGAACACAACAAAUGGCGUGCUAAUCCAGAGUUCGAACAUCAAACCCAUUGUGUCGUUUUUGUAGUUGAUGCAAAUGUCAUGCACAUAGGUAUUCCUCCAGCCUAUGUCAGGAAAAUAAGAGAAAUACAAGAUGCCGUGAAGCGAUUACGUGUGCCACGUGUUUUGAUCUUGACAAAAGCUGACGUUCUUUGCAAAGAGGUUCAUAAUGACAUUGCAAACAUGUUCCGAAGCGUUAAGGUUAGAGAAGCUGUUAAAACGGCAAGCGAAGUAUUUAACAUUCCUGAAGCCUCCAUUCAUCCAGUUACGAAUUAUGAAGAUGAAGAUUCUAUUGAAAUCAGUUGGAAAAGGAACAUACCACUUCUCCUCGCCUUGAGGCAAAUAACACAGUAUGCAAAUGACAUGAUUGAGGCAGUCAAUGAACAUAGCGAUAGUGACUAAACAUUAGUCGUGGCGGGAAUAACUUUUUAUAUCUUUUCGAAACUCUUCAUUUUAAGACUUAUUAUUGGUUGUUGUUACUAAAAAUAUUAAUUUCUUUACUACGGUAUUAAAUUACUUGUUUAAUGUUUAUGUUGAAAUCAUUCAUGCAUCUUUAUAAUAAAUGGUCAUUUUUUACUGUCAAUGGUCAUUUAAUAAGUGUUGCACUUUAUUUUGUUUAGGUAAACUAUUUUGUUUACGUAAACUACAUUAUUUACAUAGUAAAUCAUACAGUCUUGCUUUAAAUCAGUUAAUCAUUAUCUACUUUUGUAAUUCUUCUCUAUGUUUGUUUACUUCAUGCAUGAAAUUUUCAUGCAUUUUGGUAUGAAAAAGGUAUAAACGAUGUAAAUUGAACGAAAAUCCUAAUUUUAGCCUCUGCUUUACAGACACUUGAAAGGUAAAAUGUAUCUUUUGUUAGAACUUUUUAGUUGAAGAAAAUGCAAUCAACUUGAUUUUUUGCUGGGGUUUUUAAAUUUAAAAAUCAUUCUCAGUUUACUUCAAAAUUGAUUUGCUUAACAAUUAGGUAGAAUAAUAUAUUCUUUUUGUUUUUCGAGAUUACAAAUUAGACUAUUUUUAAAUAAAACAACACAGUAUUGUACCUUAUACUUUUGUCAAAAGGACAAAUUGUAGAAUUUUGGUGUUUACAAUGUUUUAGUAUUCUAUUAUCAAUAGUGUAUAGACAUCUUUAUUAUGGCCUAAAGAUAUUAUCUAAGAUUAACUAAAUUACCAAUAUACAUCAGCUGGUCAAGCAAAGGAAUAAACAAAUGUCGCUGGUGACAAUCACUUGCUAGACUGUACAAUUCAUUAAAUACAUAUAGUAUAUCAAUUAAGACCAAACUGUCAGCUCUUGAUCACUUUAUUUUAUGUAAAUGUAUAAACAGUCCUAUGGACAUGCCAGUACCUUAAUCAAACAAUUAAGGAAUAAACAUUAUAAUAUUAUAAUACUGUGUUUUGAUAUGAGUAUGUGAUAUUUCAAAUGUACAUGUAUAUAUAUUACUGAUGACUAAUCUGAUUACAAAUGACUCUUUGGAGAAGUAUCUUACAUUUAAAUGUUAAAUGCAUACAUUGAAAUUAUUGAUAUCAUAGACAUUUUGUCAGGAAAUUAUUAUUUAAUAUUUUAUCCUAACUGAUGUAUCAGACAUUCUAACUGUCUUGAACUUCUUCACAAAAAUCUAACUGAUAUUUUUCACUUAUAUUGAUUCUAUGUUUUGUAUGCAUAUUAUGUAGUCAGCUAAUAAACUCACAGAUUUAGAAGAAA